AUGGCACCACAAACUGAAACUAAAACUGGUACUGGAUUCCAGGCUGGAGUAAAAGACUACCGUUUAACAUACUACACUCCUGACUACCAAGUUAAGGAAACUGACAUUCUUGCUGCAUUCCGUAUGACUCCACAACCAGGAGUUCCUGCUGAAGAGUGUGGAGCAGCUGUAGCAGCUGAGUCUUCAACUGGUACUUGGACAACUGUAUGGACAGAUGGUCUUACUCAACUUGACCGUUACAAGGGACGUUGUUACGACCUUGAGCCGGUUCCUGGAGAAGACAACCAGUUCAUCGCGUACGUUGCUUACCCACUCGACCUUUUCGAGGAAGGAUCAGUAACAAACCUUUUCACAUCAAUCGUAGGAAACGUAUUCGGAUUCAAGGCACUUCGUGCUCUCCGUUUAGAAGACCUUCGUAUUCCUGUAGCAUACUGUAAGACUUUCCAGGGUGCUCCUCACGGAAUUCAAACUGAGCGUGAUAAGCUUAACAAGUACGGACGUGGACUUCUUGGAUGUACUAUUAAGCCUAAGCUUGGUCUUUCAGCUAAGAACUACGGACGUGCAGUAUACGAGUGUCUUCGUGGUGGACUUGACUUCACGAAGGAUGACGAGAACGUAAACUCACAGCCAUUCAUGCGUUGGCGUGACCGUUUCCUUUUCGUAGCUGAGGCUAUCUACAAGUCUCAAGCUGAGACUGGUGAGAUUAAGGGACACUACCUUAACGCAACAGCUGGAAACGUUGACCAGAUGCUUAAGCGUGCUCAAGUAGCUAAGGAACUCGGAAUGCCUAUUAUUAUGCACGACUACCUUACUGCUGGAUUCACAGCUAACACAACUCUCGCUACUUACUGUCGUGAAGAAGGACUUCUCCUUCACAUUCACCGUGCAAUGCACGCAGUAAUUGACCGUCAGCGUAACCACGGAAUCCACUUCCGUGUACUUGCUAAGGCUCUCCGUCUUUCAGGUGGUGACCACCUUCACUCAGGAACUGUAGUAGGUAAGCUUGAGGGUGAGCGUAACGUAACUCUUGGUUUCGUAGACCUUAUGCGUGAUGCUUACGUUGAGAAGGACCGUGACCGUGGAAUUUACUUCUCACAAGACUGGGCUUCUCUUCCAGGUGUAAUGCCAGUAGCUUCUGGUGGUAUUCACGUAUGGCACAUGCCAGCUCUCGUAGAGAUCUUCGGAGAUGACGCUUGUCUUCAGUUCGGUGGUGGAACUCUUGGACACCCAUGGGGGAACGCUCCAGGUGCAUCUGCUAACCGUGUAGCACUUGAGGCUUGUACUCAGGCUCGUAACGAAGGACGUGACCUCGCUCGUGAGGGUGGUGACGUAAUCCGUGCAGCUUGUAAGUGGUCUCCUGAGCUCGCAGCAGCUUGUGAAGUAUGGAAAGAGAUCAAGUUUGAGUUCGAUACUGUUGAUACUUUAUAA